AUGUCCCGUCUGUGGUCACCGGCCGAGUGGGUCGCUCCACUUGUGCCUAUUGCUUCUUUAGCCAUCUUACCUCUAGGUCCCCUUUUUUUUCCAAGAACCUAUCUCAUUGUCCUCUUCACCUACUUUAUCCUCUUUCUCUACACCCAAAUCAACCACGUCCGUAAAUUCUGGCUUACCUCUCGUAAAAUUAAAGCAACCAUUCGUAAAUGGAAUCGUCGUCUCAAUAACAAAAAGGAUGAUAGCACAACCUUGGAUGACGUCGAAGAAAAAUUACAGUACUAUGAAGAUCCGCAUUAUUAUCAUGCCUUUAUCUUACCCAAUUACUGCGAGCAUGAAGAUCUCUUGAAAGACACCAUUGAUCGUCUCGCCAGUCACAGCUUUGCUCAGUCGCAUUACGCAUUGAUUUUGGCUAUGGAAGAAUCAGAACAUGGAUGGGAAGAAAAGGCUCGUCGACUUCAAUCGUAUUAUAGCGGUAAAUUCAACCAGAUCAUCAUUACUGCGCAUCCAUCGGACAUUCCGGGUGAGUCACGCGGCAAAGGUUCCAACGUAGCUUAUGCCGCUCGUCAAGGAUGUUCUCAGCUUGUCAAAUUAGGCAUCGAUCCUCAUCGAAUUAUCAUCACCGUGUCAGACUCUGAUUCAGCUAUCCCCGAACUCUACAUUCGUGAAGUAGAAGAAGCCUUAGCCAAGUCAGAAGAUCCAUAUCAUUUAGUGUGUGCUCCACCCAUCUUUUUCUCUCGUAAUUGCUUUGAUGUACCCGCUGCUGUGCGUGUGACGGAUAUUACUUGGUCUGCCAUGGUCAUGUCCAACCUGUCCAAUAGUCGUGGUAUGUGUAUCCCUUGCUCUAAUUACUCUUUAUCCAUGGUGUUAGCAGAUGAAGUAGGUUAUUGGGAUACCGAUGCAGAUGCGGUAGGGGAAGACAUGCACAUGUGGUUAAAAUGUUUCUGGAAAACACAAGGACAAGUCCGUACCGCUCCCAUUUAUGUCCCCAUCAAUUUGACCAACGUCCAAACCUCGUCUUAUUUCUCCAAUGUCAGUGCUCGCUUUGUACAGGCCAAACGUCAUUACAAUGGUGUAGCUGAUGUUGCUUACACCUUAAGGAACGCCUUUAAAUCACCAUCCGCCAUCAGCUUCUAUGAACGCCUCAAGGUAUGUUUCAUUAUCUUGGAAGCCCACAUGGUACCUGCCACAUCCGGUUGGUUGAUGUUUGCUGCUGUCCCCAUCAUGCAAUUUUUGUUGUUCCCACCCUUCCCAUCCAUCAUGGCGCUUGUGCCACCCCAAGAAAACCCUAUCUUGACCUCGGAUUUCUAUGGACAUCUAUGGAAGGCCAUUAAAUUGGUCACACUCUGCUUACCGCUACCGUUGUUUGGUACGUUAGCCGUCUAUGAACAAUUACAUCGGACCAUUGACCGCGAGUUCUUACACAAGUCCAAAAGUCGUACCUUGUCUCAUUUGAUUGACUAUAUCAAUUUACCCAUCGCCGCUUGGUUGUUUAUGACCUUACCGUCGACCCUGGCAUGUGUCAAACGUUUAUUGGAUCGUCAAGAGAAAUACAUUACCUCUGAGAAAUUGUUUCGUAACAACAGUGGGUUGAUUGUCGAAUCCGCUGCUACUGCUGCAGACUAA